AGCGACUGAGCCCCAGACCUUGAAAACCAGCUUCUGGGGGGUGGCCCAGGCGGCCAGGCCUGGAUCCAUCCCUGCCACUGUGGUUGCCGUGACAACCACCUGGCCAGAAGCGGCCAUGCUCGAUUCCAGAAGCCCGCAGGUAAGGCCUGUUGCUCUGGUAACCGGAGAGAGCCCAGGCCGGUAUCCUGGACUGAGAGCAUCAUGCUCAACUCUCAUCGCCACUCGGUGCUGACCAAUGCGUGCGUCCAGCCCUCCGUGGACCCCGCUUCCCGGACCCCCGGCACCAUCUACGAGCCGAAAGGGCAAGUCCGGCUCCUGGGCCUGCUGUCGGAGAGCUCCUCUUCCCAGCAGGAGGACUAUCUGGAUGCUGGAGAUGGGAUGCUCGUCUGCAUGAAACGGAGGAAGAGGAGAGGUGGCCAUGCAGCCAGGAUGGGUUGCUGGGCUCCCGAGCAACAGGGCCCAAAUGUCAGCGAGGCCUCGGACACAGAGCCGGAAAGAGACCCGAGCAGGCAACAAGAAACAGCCGAGGAGCCCGUGCCCCCUACUCCGGGCCCCAGCGUCGCGACGAGCCUGGUGCCGUUGCUCGAAACCCCCGUGCUGCCUCGCCCCGGCUCCUUUCCCUUCCACUGGAUGUGGGAGAGCUUCUCCGUCAAGGGCCAGGCCGUGUACCAAGACCGCUCUUUAGAGAAGGCGACAAGGAGGCAAGCCCCGUUGGCAGCGAGCCUCUCUGUCCACGAACCGACCUGCACCCCUGUGCCAAGCUCGGGGUCCAUCGCUGGCCAGGGAGCUGGGAGUCAGGUUAAAGAACGGCGUUGCUCGGAAGAAGCCGGCCCGCCGGGCGCCUCGGAAGUCCGCUGGCCCAGGCGCCAGAAGCCCCCUCGGCGUGUGGGGCCUCCGCCGGGCAGUUCCCUCGGACCGCUCUACUGGAAGAUGGAAGCCCGGUCCGAGGCCCGGAAGCGGCAGCUACGCCAGGAACGCCGGCACUGGCUUCAACUUGCCCAACAGCUCCUCAGCCUCGACGAUCCCAAGCAGGAGAAGUGCCCCUCGCUCAAGCUCCUGGAGGAGAAGCUGCGGGCCGAGCUGCUCUGCCUGGCCAGCGAGCCCCCAGAGCCCAGUCCCCAAAGGGAGAAGGCCAAGGGCCGGGCCCAUUCGGCCAAGGAAGGGCCGACCUUCCAGCCCACCAUCAACCACAAGAUCCCCAACUUCAAGAGUCUGCAGAAGCGCUUCCAGGAGCAACUGGAGCAAAAGAAAGAUCAAGCAAAGCUGACUGUCUGUAAGCCCUUCCGUCUGCACUCGGCCAGCAGCUCCCAGCCUGGGGACAAGGGGGAUGAGGACCAGCCGGAGCCGGAAGACUCCUUUGACGAGGUCCGCCGGCUCUUUGGGGUUCAUUGGAGGGCCCAGUCCUGCCCGGACUUCAACGACCCCGUCGUUCCUCCGGUGAUGCACACGAAGGCCUCGGACAAGCGUCAGGAAGCCAACAGGCUGCUCCUCCGGGAAUGGGAGCGGCGGGAGCGGCUGGAAAAGCGGCGAGCGGAGACGCGCCGGAGCAAGGAGCAGCAGGUGCAGCGGGAGGUGGCCAAGUGCCUGGCCGCGUACAAGACCACGGGCCGCUCUGUGAUGUCAGCCCAGCGGAGGCGAGAAGAGCUCAGGCCAGGGUCUAGCAACAACUCGCUUCUGUUUCCUGAGCAGGAGGCAGGAGAAGCAGCGGACGGAAGAGUACAUGUUGCAGCUGCAGGAGAUGCAGGACCGUGUGGAAAGCAGGCCGUACCUCUUCGAGAGGGUCAUGCAGGCACAGGAGGAGAGGGUCUUCUGAAGAGAGCCCAGAAUCAACCUGAUAGAAAAUUGGGCAGACAGAGAGAUGGAGAGAGAGAGAAGGAAAGACACACACAGAGAGAAGAGGAGAGAGAGCACUGUCCCAGCCAGCCACGUACCUCCUGGAUCUGUAUCGACGAAGCACCUGAGAAUAAAGCUAGCAUUGGAGUCUGGAAACUUUGCCUGCUGUACUGUGCCUAGUGGGUGGGGAAUGGUGUUUUGAUGGCUGUUGCGCAGGCAAGAAAUCCCAGAAAACAGAGACCCUGCCAGUUCCAUUUUUCUAUCUCAUAGCUGGGGAGGAGGGCAAAGAAUAUUAAAUACAAAAGGAGAUGUAUAAGAAAUGGAAAGGAGGACAGAUACAGACCGGUAGUCCAACUGGGGCAGGGCUGUCCCUAGGGCAGGGCCAGCGGGGCAAUGGCCCCAGGUCCUGCUUUUUUAACCCCCAUUAGAAUUAACUAGAAGGGGGGCCCGCACUAGUUGGAGAGGUUCAUCUGUAUUUGCCACCGGCUCCUCUGGUGGCUACUUGGGGAUGUGCCUUCUCUGUUGCUGCCCUGAGGCUUUGGAACACACUUCCUGCUGAAAUAAGAGCCUCCGCAUCUCUGACAAGUUUUACAAAGGCAGUCAAGACACAUUUGUUCACCCAGGCUUUUAAUUAGAUAUUGUUUUAAUUGUCUUUUUAAUAGUUUUAAUAUGUUGUAAUGUGUUAAUCUUUUUAUCUGUUUUUAUUUUUUGUUGUUGCAGAACACCAGAGACUUGCUUUUGGGGCGGUAUAUAAAUGUUUUUAAAUAAAUAAAUAAAAAUA